CCCGCUGCCCAGCAGCAUGGCCGCGCGGCAGCCUCUUCGGGUUUUGUGCCUGGCGGGAUUCCGGCAGAGUGAACGCGGGUUCCGUGAGAAGACUGGAGCUUUGAGGAAGGCUUUGCGGGGGCGUGCGGAGCUUGUGUGUAUUAGUGGUCCCCACUCAGUCCCUGAUGCAGUGGGCUCCGAGAGCGCCGGCCCAAAUUCCGGGACCAGCUCCACGGAGGAGCGGCCUCGAGGCUGGUGGUUUUCGGAGGAGGCAGACAUCUUCAAUGCCCUGGAAGAGCCCUCAGUGUGCAGGGGCCUGGAGCAAGCCCUGGGAACGGUGGCACAGGCACUGGACAAGUUGGGGCCUUUUGAUGGACUCCUUGGCUUCAGCCAGGGGGCUGCACUGGCAGCCCUUGUGUGUGCCCUGGGCCAGGCAGGUGAUGUGCGCUUUCCCUUGCCUCGAUUUAUCAUUCUCAUCUCUGGUUUCUGCCCCCGCGGCCUUGGACUCAAAGAACCUAUCAUGCAGAGCCCCUUGUCACUGCCUUCGCUCCAUGUUUUUGGGGAUACUGAUCGAGUCAUCCCCUCUCAGGAGAGUAUACAGCUGGCUAGCCGAUUCCCAGGAGCCAUCACCCUAACCCAUUCUGGUGGCCACUUCAUUCCAGCUGCCGCAUCCCAGCGCCAGGCCUAUCUCAAGUUCCUAGACCAGUUUGCAGAGUGAAAGAUCAACAAAAGCCUCUGCCCUUGCAUCCUCCAGCCUUGGGGCAGCCUCUGUGAUGUUACGGAUUUUGGUUUCUGAUAAACAUGUAAAGGGCUGGGUGUGGUGUUAAAUGCCUUUAAAACCAGCACUCUGAAGGGUCAGGGAAAUGGCUCAGUAGAAUAAGUGCUUCCCUGGUAAGCACAAGGGAAGUUCAAUCCCCAGUUCUGCCAAAAAAUAAAAAAAAACCAGCACUCUGGGAGGCUGAGGUAACAAAAACAUGAAAAAAAUCAAAGAACCCUGGAUGAGGGAGGGUGGACUGGCAAGAACUGGUACCACUAAGUGCCCGUGAAGUGGUAGUUUGUGUUUUGAGUAUCUUUUCCCUGGUACACACUGAUAAAAACCAUUUUAUAAUGGAAGGCUGGUUUCCUGGCCACUCACAGCCACCUGGCCAGCACCAAGCCAGGAGGUACUUCCAGUUAUGAGCUCUUGGGACAAGCUUGUGUAUAUGUGCACUCAACAUUUUUGGUGGAAGUCCUAAGAAAUUGAGAGCCAAAA